AUGAGGGGUCUUUCCCCUGUUCCUCAGAAAAUCCCAAAUUUCAGUGGAGAGGCAGAUGGUUGUCAUGGAAGAUUCGAAGAUAAUGAAGUGAAACUCUUCGUCGAGAGCUGUCAAUCCGACCUUUGGUAUUUGUUGCCUACAUGUGACAGAUCUUCAUCAUCUUCAGCAACCAGUCCUGCUAGCAGAGUACCAUCAAAUUCACCUGAUUGGGAAGAACCAGAUGUUGAAGUUAGGGUGGAAGAGAGUGGGGAUGGUGGUGACUCCAUUAACACUGCCACCGCCCCCAUCUCACCAUCUCUUUCAAAGCUCAACAAUGGCUCCAUGCUAUCUCCACCACUACCACAAGGUGCAGUUGUAGCAAGAAAGAUAGAGGUGCUACAAUGCUCAAAUGGCUAUGCUUUACCUGGAACAAUGACAGUCAUAAUGGGCACUGGAAAGUCAGGAAAGUCUACAUUAUUAACAGCUCUUCCAGGAAGGUUGGAUGAUUCAGCUAAAACAUAUGGUGAAGUAUUCAUCAAUGGAGCAAAACCAAAAUUGCAGUAUGAAUCCUAUAGAUUUCUUGAGAGAAAAAACACACUAAUCGGAUCAUUAACAGUUCGCGAUUUUCUUUACUACUCAGCACUCCUUCAAUUUUCUGUUUUUUUUUAUCAAAAGAAAAGUGUUGUAGACGAUGCAAUUCUUGCCAUGUCAUUAGGUGACUAUGCAAAUAAACUCAUAGGUGGACAUUGCUACAUGAAAGGCCUUCCAAGUGGCGAAAGAAGACGUGUCAGCAUAGCAAGAAAGCUUGUAAUGAGGCUACAAGUCUUAUUCAUAGAUGAACCUCUCCACCAACUUGACAGGUCAAAGAUUUUACCUUUUUGCCCUUACUCUCAAUACCCUUUUGUGGAAUAA